AUGAAUUUUCGAAAAAGUCGUCUGAUAAUUGUUCUAUUUGUCUUACUCCAACUAAUCGUCUGCUCCCAAAAUCACAAAUUGAGUGAAAUUUUGAAAAAGAUAGGAAAACGGUACAAUGGGAAUCCGGCUUUGGAAGAGAUGUUGGUUGAUUUGAAACAAAUGAAAGCGUUCAAAAAUAGGCCAGACGAAGAGAUAAAUGAUCUGAAGGAUAAUGUUGCCGAGUCAUUUGCACUUCAUGUUCUGGGACAGAGUUCAGUGAAAUUCAGAUGGAUUCGAAGUGCAUUUGCAUUGGCGUCGUUGAUGGAUGAGGAUAUGACUGCGGAAUUAUGUGGAACUGAUAUCAUUCUGAACAAAUACCAAUUUCUUCAUUACCUAAGACGUGCUCGUAUUUCUAUAGAGCGUAUUACUGACGAAACAAAGUAUUCUUAUGAAGUCUUACUCACAGAAAAAGAUGUUCUAAAUACAAUUAUAACUGUGGAUUUGACCUCGAAAUGGGGAUUUCCUGCACCUGUCAUUUGGAAUGUAACUGCGAAAUAUUCGACAAAAGAAUCCCAAAAUCUGUACAAAAUCAAGAAAAUAGUGGUGGGUGGUGGUUGUAUGGAUCAUGGCAGAGUUAAUCAUAAGUACACUCAAUCAGAAGUGCGAAGAGAAACUUUAGAGAAUUUCCAACGAAAUAAUGGACACGUGGCCUUCCGGAAUCUGACGGAUAUUUUGUUGCAAGAUCCGUCGAGAGUUCGAGAGGAAGCGACUGAUAAGAUACCGAGUUUAUGGCUAGAAGGACUCGAUGAUAACCCGGGAUUCUUGAAUAUUACCGUUUGUGAAUACGAGAAUGUGGAUCCCAGUAUAAGGACUAAAACUCAAUUUCUGUCGUGGUACAAACGAUUCGGUCAAAUGUGGCAUCCGAAAGAGAAUGACACAGAUUAUAUCAGAAUUCAACCGUUGAAUGUUCAGAAGGCGAAAUCAACUUUCAGAAUAACAAUGAGACUUCAACCCGGAAAGAGAGACAAUGCGACUACUUUCGAUUUCGAUUUCAAAGUGACUAUAGAUGUCAACCAACAUGGAGACCUCAAAGUGUAUAUAACUCGUCUGGAAGUGCUCUGUAAUCCAAUGAUUGAUUAUAUGGAUGAAUCACUGAAAGCUAUUCGAGAAGUCGUCACCGAGAACUUUCUCGAGUCAAUUCGCACUAUAACUCCGCCCAUUCCAUGGUACUCUUCUGUUGAGUUUAUCAGCAAGUUCUCUAAUAACAAAUCGAUUGAAGUGAGUAUUUGUGAUGUUGGGGAGAAGACUAAUCUCACACAAAUAGAAAUUCUUCUGUUUCAUCGUGGCAACGUGAAAUCGGUUGAGUUGAAACUGUAUAGAAUCGACUACGAUGACAUUCCACUGCCUGCACUUGAACAAUCCUAUUUUCGAUUGUACACAAUUUCAAGUUACUCGGAGAAAACACUGAAAGAAAAGUUACAAAUCGCAAAACAGUACGAUAUGGAUAACUUGAAGGAUGGAGUUCUCUCCAGAAUCAAGAAUGCCGCAGAUAUUCGCUCUGUUCUCUCAUACGAUGUCAACGAAAUGGAUCCAUCGGUCGUCGCGGCUCUUCUCCAGAAAGCGUUGUCAUAUUUACCAUGA